GAACUUUGUUUCUUGCUUAUAGGCACGUGCUUUUCGGGAAACGCUCUUUUAAGACACAUUACAUUAUUAACUGCACACAGUCUAAUUAAAUAGUGUUUACGUAAAGGUGCCUGUCAAAACUGGAAUGACAGCAGUGUUGCUCUAACAACACACCCGCUCCUUUCCCGCGGGCUGUUUUCUAGAGAAGGAGUCUUGAAAAACUGCAAGUCCCAGAGAUCCCCGCAUCAGUGAACCUCCAGCCGGGGCUUCAAUAACAUGGCAGCGCCGUCCAGCAACACAUGCGGGCUCACGGAGCGCUCUAUCCGGGAGCGGGUCCCCCCUCUGCUCACCGACCUGUACCAGGUAACCAUGGCGUACGCGUACUGGCGGACCGGGCGGCACCAGGAGCCCGCCGUGUUCGAGCUCUUCUUCAGGAACAACCCUUUCGGCGGAGGCUUCACGCUGUUCGCCGGGCUGCAAGACUGUCUGCUGUUCCUGCGCAGUUUUCGCUUCACAGACGAAGAUGUGGAGUUCCUGCGCUCAGUCCUGCCCCCGGCCACAGACCCUGCCUUCUUCCAGUUCCUGCGAGGCCUGGACUGCUCUGGCGUCACGCUCCGUGCCAUCCCAGAGGGCACUGUGGUGUUUGCGAGGGUGCCUCUGAUGGAGGUAGCAGGUCCGCUCGCUGUUGUUCAACUGCUGGAGACUAGUCUAUUGUGUCUGGUCAACUACGCCAGUCUGGUGUGCAGCAACGCGGCACGUUUCCGCCUGGCGGCCGGCCCCAAGAGAAAGCUGUUGGAACUGGGCCUCAGGAGGGCCCAGGGACCAGAUGGAGGGCUCACCGCCUCACGAUACACACACAUUGGAGGGUUUGAUUUCACCAGUAACGUUCAGGCUGGUUUCCAGUAUGGGGUCCCAGUUGCAGGGACCAUGGCACACUCCUACGUCACGUCCUUUACCUCCCUGGAGGAAGUCUUGCCAAAAACUCUUGUGGCGGUGAACGGGGACUCCACUCCAGUGGACAUCAUUUUGUUGACAAAGGGCUGGUUGAGUCGUGUGUGUGAGCUCCUGGGAUCACAGCCUGGGAAGAUCCACGAGGGCGAGUUGGCGGCCUUUUUGUCCUACGCCAUCGCCUACCCUCAGAACUUCCUCCCUGUGAUUGACAGCUUCAGCGUCGGCUGCAGUGGUCUGUUGAACUUCUGUGCUGUGGCCUUGGCGCUGUGUGAGUUGGACUACAAACCGCUCGGAGUCCGUCUGGACAGCGGAGAUCUCUGCAGGCAGUCGCUGGAAGUCCGCCGUGUGUUCAGACUCUGCAGCGAGCAUUUCUCCGUCUCUGCCUUCGACUCACUGACUAUCGUCGGGACCAACAACAUCACAGAGCAGAGCAUGGCGGAGCUCAACGAGAAGGAGAAUGAGAUCGAUGUGGUUGGUGUUGGAACACAUCUGGUCACCUGCACACAACAACCCUCGCUGGGCUGUGUGUACAAGCUGGUGGAGGUGAGGGCUAGUCCCAGGAUGAAGAUUAGCGAGGACCCAGAGAAGAGCACUGUCCCUGGGAGGAAAGCUGUCUACAGGCUGAUAGAUGCUGAGGGCCAUGCUUUUCUGGACCUGGUGUGUCUGGUAGCGGAGGCUCCUCCUGAGGCAGGGGUCUCUGUGAGCUGUUACCCUCUGAGCUGCGACACGUCCUGUGUGUCAGUCAUUCCCGCUCAGGUCAUCUGUCUGCGCCAGGACAUGUUCACCAAAGGACAGGUCACACAGCCUCUGUGCAACGCUACAGAAACUAGAGCAAAGGUCCAGAGCUCCCUCCAGACUCUGCACCCUCGACACAAGAGGCUGCAGGAGCCAGACUCUUACACAGUGGCACUGUCAGAGAAGCUCCAUACCCUGGUCACAGAGAUCCGAGAAGGAAGCUCCAACAACAGCAACUUUCUGUUAUCCAACUAAAAAGACAACUGCUUUGUUUUCAUCUCCUGUUGUUAUUCUAAACAUUCUUUUUCCAAAGUAACUGAAAUUAAAACAGAGCAUACUUUGUAGGAGAUGCAAAGCAUAACAGUAUUAACACUAUCCUUUCCAAAUACAGGAAUACACGAAUGUUUUAAACAACAGGGUAAAAAUGAACAGAAGUCCAACAUAUUUGUUUACUUGAUAGCUCAGUAGGGACAGGUGGAAGAACAUUUUCAAGGGGCCCUAUUGUGCUUUUUAGGAUUUCCCCUUCCUGUAGUGUCUUAUAUAGAUUUGUGUUCUCUCCCCUGAAUGAAACACCUUCAUUUGGACUCCUUUGUUAACUCCGUAACAUAGUGACAUCACUACUCACGCUGCUAUUGGCAAGCGCU